AUGACUGGCUCAGGCGCAGCUUCAAAAACCAACAACUAUGUGGGCCUUUGGUGUCAUCUAAUGACUGCUUGCAAAGGAGAUAAUUUCAAAGUUAAAAAUUUGCGGSCARUACGAAAYAGGAAUCCCAAUAACCAGCUCAAGUGCUYYARCAAUCAYAUGCAGAUAAAAAUACCCAAAAMAUCGCUGCMUUUUGCACUCGCUAAGGACUUACGACUGAACAAACCGUCUUGUCGCGCUACUGARGAUAACAAGAACUUCUACCUCAAGACAGGCUUUGAYCAGUGUGGAACCAAGAUCAGCAAAACCACCAAAACGAUCACCUAUAGCAACCAUGUACUUGGACGACCGCUGAACAAUAGUGCAGUCAUCAGCCGCAUUCAUGACAUCAACAUAACGAUAUCGUGUUCGUAUCCACGUCAACGWGAAAUGACGUCAUCGCAUAUACAGCCCAAUAAAACCAAAUACGUCAGCGCAUUCCAUUCCAAGGGCAAGUUCAACUUCACUUUGAAUYUGUUUCCCAGCAGCCAGUUCAAGAAACCAUACAAGAAGUUUCCUGUUGAGUUGCAUUUGCGUCAAGUGAUUUAUGUCGAGGUGGCUGUGAAGUCUGCSAGGAAAGAGCUGUCAGUAUUGGCUCAGCAAUGCUAUGCUACCCCCUCUAAGAAGAAUGGUCGCGGUGCACUCAAACAUUGGUUGAUCAAAAAUGGUUGCGCCAUGGAUUCAACGCURAAGUACCUCAGGUCACCCACUAAAAAUGUGCAGAGGUUUAGURUCCAGGGUUUUCAUUUUCUCGGUAAACACCGCCAUGUCUAUUUUCACUGUCACGUGAUUGCCUGUAACGGAAAUGACGCCAAAAGUGUGUGCUCACGUGGUUGUGACAAGAAAAAGAUCGGCAAGCGCAAUGCGGAAGUCACUGAUGCAGCAGUUAUGCUUUCCCGAGGACCACUCGCUACCAGAGACACUGACAAGAUAGCAGAGGUGCUUGGUCACAAGAUUCAUCCCCAGUCACAAGAUAAUUCAGUGAUCGUGGAACUUCCCUGAGCAAAGACCAUCUAGACGUACUCAAGAUGCCUUGUAAGGAAAAUAGGGUUAAAAAAUAGUAGAUUAACUGUCAUAUACAGUAAAUUGCAUUUAAUAUAAGGGAUGCACGAUGGUCUGU